AUGCAAAGCAGUGGUUUAUACCAAAAGCACCCUCUGGAUGCUGAUCUGCUGGCUGGAUUUGGCAAAUAUCUCAGCGACGACCACAACAUUCCCAAUUUCAAACAGGAGGUAUGUACAGCAAUUUUACUUUAGUUUAAAUAUUUUAAGGAUAAUUACUCAAUUCUAAAGUAGUUGUUAACUAUGUAACUAACAUUAUUUUCAUUUUCAUGUACAGGUACAGGUUGCAAAUAUGUCAAGGACCACCAAACCAUCCCUGGAUUUUGUCCAUGACUUGGACAAAAGCAGGUCCUUUUUUACGAAGCUUGCAAACAUUCGACAGAAGAAGCAAACCAUUGCAAACUACAUGAAGAAUCUGAAGAGAUUUCUUCGCUACAACUCUGCUGCAACGAACCUCAUCCAGACAGACAGGGGCUUGUAUGAGCAAUUCAAGCAUUUCCAAGAGUGCAUGAAUGACCUCCAGAAGUCCAUGAGCAAGCAGGUGUCUCAGGAAAUUACUGGGAAAAGGUGUAUAUUUAAAAUUGGUCCUCACAGAAAUGUUUUUUACAUUUUAAGUGUGUAUUGUUGUCAUUCUUCAAAUCAUUAAUGUAUUAUUGUUUUUCUGCAGGUACACACAGAUGGUGACAGUUGAAAAGACACCAAAAGAAUGUUUGGCAAUCUUGGAGGUGGACAAGAAAGACUUUCUGGGUGUCAUUUGGAAGGCCAUGAGUGAAAAUGAACAACUGCUCGUUCUGUACUACCUGGUGUCUCUACUCAUGCUGAAACAUCUCCAAAGGGCUGGAGUUGUAAAAAAUAUGACC